AUGUUUUUCUCUGGUGGGCAGUGUGGCCAUGUUGGCAGACCUGAAGAAAUUUUACUGGUGUUCAAGAUAUUCCUUGUCAUCAUUUGUCUUCAUGUCGUUCUGGUUUCAUCCCUGGAUGAAGAUGCUGAUAAUUCCAGUUUAUCACCAUCUGUUGAAUCACCUCUUAUCGGUCUUGUCCCCUACUCCAGUGGUACUCCAGAUGCUACUUCAAGUGUAUUAUCUACUUUAAACAGAACAGAAAAAACUAAAAUCACUAUAGUAAAAACCUUCAAUGCAUCAGGAGUCAAACCUCAGAGAAAUAUCUGCAAUUUGUCAUCUAUUUGCAAUGACUCAGCAUUUUUUAGAGGUGAGAUAAUGUUUCAAUAUGAUGAAGAAAGCAACAUUACCCAGAAUCAAGAUAAAACUAACGGCAACUUAACUGGAGUCCUGUCUCCAAAUGAACUGAAACGAUCAGAGCUCAACAAAACCCUGCAAACCCUGAGCGAGAUUUAUUUUAUAGCAUGUGCUACUGCAGAGGCCCAAAGCACAUUAAAUUGCACAUUCACAAUUAAAUUGAAUAAGACAAUGACUGUAUGUGCUAUAAUGGUUGCUUUGAAAAAAGUAACGAUUCGACCGAUGAAAGAGUGCUGCUGUUCGGUCAGGACACCCUGCCCUUCUUCCCCGGAGGAGUUAGAAAGGCUGCAGUGUGAUCUGCAGGAUCCCGUUGUCUGUCUCACGGCUCAUCCACAUGGCCCACCAUUUUCCUCUUCCAGCAAGUCCAUCCCAGUUGUACCUCAGGCCACCAUUUUUUCCCAGAUCUCCAGUGCCUUCUCUUUGGCCAAGCCCCUCAGUCAUCCACCUGUGAGCCACAAUGCUCCCCUUCCAACAGGGGACAGUCACCUUCCUUCUCCACAGCCUUCAGCUCCCACAUCUUCCAGCCCUUCCAUUGAUAUGCACUCCCAGACUGGAAGUAUCUCUUCCCCUGUGCCCCAAACCAGUCUUUCCCACACUCCACCACCUGUGAAAUCCUCCCUUUCCUCUCCCACCACGUCCACCCCCACGAACGUCGUUGCCACCAGCGCACCUCCUGGCAAGACAGAGACUGUCAACACCAGCAGCGUUUCUGAUCUUGAGAACCAAGUGUUCCAGAUGGAAAAGGCUCUGUCCUUGGGCAGCGUGGAGCCUAACGUCGCGGGAGAAAUGAUAAACCAAGUCAGCAAACUUCUUCAUUCCCCAUCCGUCUUGCUGGCUCCUCUGGCUCAAAGGUUGCUAAAAGUAGUGGAUGACAUUGGCUUACAGCUGAAUUUUUCAAACAAGAUCAUAAGUCUAACCUCCCCCUCUCUGGCUCUGGCCGUGAUCAGAGUGAAUGCCAGUAAUUUCAACACAACUACCUUUGCGGUCCAAGACCCUGAGAAUAUUCAGGUUUCUCUGGAAACUCAGGCUCCUCAGAACAGUAUUGGUGUUAUUACUCUGCCUUCAUCACUGAUGAGUCAUUUACCACCUAAUGAUAUGGAACUAGCUUCCAGGGUCCAGUUCAACUUUUUUGAAACACCUGCCCUGUUUCAGGACCCUUCCCUGGAGAACCUCUCUCUGAUCAGCUACGUCAUAUCAUCAAGUGUCGCAAACCUAACCAUCAAGAACUUGACAAGAAACGUGACCGUCACAUUAAAGCACAUUGACCCGAACCAGGAUGACUUAACAGUGAGAUGUGUAUUUUGGGACUUAGGCAGAAACGGUGGCAGUGGAGGCUGGUCAUCCGAUGGCUGCUCCAUCAAAGACAGGAGGCGGAAUGAAACUACCUGUACCUGCAGCCACCUUACAAGCUUCGGCAUUCUAUUGGACCUAUCUCGGACAUCUUUACCACCUGAUCAAAUCAUGGCUCUGACGUUUAUCACGUAUAUUGGUUGUGGGCUUUCAUCAAUUUUUCUGUCAGUUACUCUUGUCACCUACAUAGCCUUUGAAAAGAUCCGGAGGGAUUACCCUUCCAAAAUCCUCAUUCAGCUGUCUACUGCCCUGCUGCUGCUCAACCUGGUCUUCCUCCUGGACUCGUGGAUCGCUCUGUAUCACACGAGAGGCCUCUGCAUCUCAGUGGCUGUGUUUCUUCAUUAUUUUCUCUUGGUCUCAUUCACAUGGAUGGGCCUGGAAGCAUUCCAUAUGUACCUGGCCCUGGUCAAAGUGUUUAAUACUUACAUCCGAAAAUACAUCCUUAAAUUCUGCAUUGUUGGUUGGGGGGUACCAGCUGUGGUUGUGAGCAUCGUCCUGACUAUAUCCCCAGAUAACUAUGGGCUUGGAUCCUAUGGGAAAUUCCCCAAUGGCUCACCCGAUGAUUUUUGCUGGAUCAACAGCAACACAGUGUUCUAUAUUACGGUGGUGGGAUAUUUCUGUGUGAUAUUUUUGGUGAACGUCAGCAUGUUCAUUGUGGUCCUGGUUCAGCUUUGCCGAAUUAAAAAGAAGAAGCAACUGGGAGCCCAGAGAAAAACCAGUAUUCAAGACCUAAGGAGUAUUGCCGGCCUUACAUUUUUACUGGGAAUUACUUGGGGCUUCGCUUUCUUUGCAUGGGGACCAGUUAACAUCACCUUUGUGUAUCUCUUUGCCAUCUUUAAUACCUUACAAGGAUUUUUCAUAUUCAUCUUUUACUGUGUAGCAAAAGACAAUGUCAGGAAGCAAUGGAGGCGGUAUCUUUGUUGUGGAAAAUUACGGCUGGCUGAAAAUUCUGACUGGAGUAAAACUGCUACUAAUGGUUUAAAGAAGCAGACUGUAAACCAAGGAGUAUCCAGCUCUUCAAAUUCCUUACAGUCAAACAGUAACUCCACUAACUCCACCACACUGCUAGUGAAUAACGAUUGCUCAGUACACGCAAGCGGGAAUGGAAAUGCUUCCAUGGAGAGGAAUGGGGUUUCUUUCGGUGUUCAGAAUGGAGAUGUGUGCCUUCAUGAUUUCGCUGGAAAACAGCACAUGUUUAAUGAGAAAGAAGAUUCCUGCAAUGGUAAAAGCCGUAUGGCACUCAGAAGGACUUCAAAGCGGGGAAGCUUACACUUUAUUGAGCAAAUGUGA